CAGUCUACACAGACAGUCUACAGAGAGUCUACAUACAGUCUACAGAGAGAGUCUACAGAGAGUCUACAUACAGUCUACAGAGAGGGCGCCACCGCGGUGGUGAUGGGCCGAUGGAUCUGGAGGAAGCUUUCGUGGUCGUUGGCGCCUGCGGUCCCUACCAGCGCCGUCGCUGUGGCCUGCUGCUGCUCGUGCAGGUGUACUUGGCGUUCCAGGCCGUGCUGAUUAUCCUCAUUGGACAGAUCCCGCCGGCUGGUCCCACGCCCCCACGCGCCGUCUCCCCGGAGGUCUCCCGCAGGACCUCGCCUCCCUUACCAGCCGCCAAUGGCUCCUCUGUUGUCACGGAGUGGGCUCUGGGAGAUGACGCUGCCAUCCUGGUGGGGCUGGCGUCGUCGCUCUAUUUCUGCGGGGUGCUACUCGCCUCCCUCGUAUUUGGGCAGUGCUCCGACCUGUACGGCAGGAGGCGCGUCUACCUGAUCGGGCUGCUGUUGGAUGUCUUGGGCGGCUUCGCGUCGGCGCUGUCCCCCACAUGGCGCUGGUUCUGCGCGUCGCGACUUGUCGUCGGCGUCGCCAACGGCGGCACCGCUCUCGUCUCCUUCGUCCUCCUCCAGGAGUACGUGGGCUCGGCCUACUGGGGUGGCACCGGGUCCCUGUACAGCGCGUUCUUUGCGCUGGGCCUGGUGGUGUUUGCGGCGCUGGGGGUGGCGGUGAGGCCCUGGCGCUGGCUCACGCUGACAGCCAACGUCCCCGGGGUGCUACUGCUCCUCGCGUCGCUGUGGAUGCUGCCCGAAUCCCCGCGGUGGCUGCAUUCCCGCGGUCGUAUCGUGGAGGCGGAGAAGACGCUGUCCCUCAUCGCCAGGGGCAACGUCGGAGCCACGUCGACCGCCUCCCUCCCCCCGCCCCAAGUGCAGCUGCGCCCGCUGCGAGGAUCGCUGAUGGAUGUGGGGACGCACCCGGUUCUGCGCACGCGCACGCUCGUCAUGAUGUACACGUGGUUUGUGUGCAGCCUCGUGUACUACGGGCUCACGCUGGGCGUGGGAGACCUCAGCCGUGACGUCCACAUGGGGCUGGCGCUCUCUGGGCUGGCGGAGCUGCCCUCGUAUCCUCUGUCCCUGUUUCUCAUCAACGCCUCCUGGUGUGGGCGCAGGCGCGGUCUCUCGGGAUUCCUGAGUUGCGGCGGUAUCGCGUGCAUCGCCGUCGCGGCGCUGGUGACCCUGUCUGGUGAGCACGAGGUGGCGCGCCAGUACCUGGCCCUAGCAGGGAAGCUGUGCAUCAGCGCUGCCUUCAGCAUCGUCUACAUCUACACCUCCGAACUCUACCCCACCUCCAUCAGGAAUGUCGCCCUGGGCUUGAGCUCCACGUCCUCCCGUCUGGGCGGGAUCCUCGCUCCAUUCAUCCCCAGUCUGAGCUGGGUGAUGCACUCUCUGCCCUUCAUGGUGCUGGGUCUGGCCGGGGUCUCCGCCGGCUGUCUCUGCCUCCUGCUGCCCGAGACGCUGAGGCAGCCGCUCAUGGAGACGCUGCACGACCUGCCGGGCCCCAAGGCCACGCACAAGAGCUACUCGCUGCUCGAAGCCGGGCAUCCCAACCGCUCCUUCCACGGCGACAGUGAGGAUGAAGAGGAUGAUGAGGAGCUCCGGGAGACGAGAGGCGUGCCCAUCUAGCGCGGCACGGCGGGACCCCCCC